AAACACGUGUUUUAAACUAUUUUAUGAAUAGGUCAACAUAAAGGACACUGAAACAUGCAUAAAACAUUAAAUCAACUAUAUAAUUAUAAAUAUUUUUGGAAGACAGUGGCGCAAUUUACAGUUCAGCCUGCAAUCUAAUACCAACCUGUGGGAAGCAGCAGUGUGUUGGAAGUCCAUUGGUUCAGCCGAAAACCUAGAAGAAGAAGAGCGGCCAAGAAGGUCUGUCCUGCACGUGUCGAAGCGUGCAAGUUCGGAACUCCGCGAAUUCAAGCAAAAGGUUAGAACGACGCAGAUAAACACAUCGCGUCAAUUAAACUUCACCGGCUUUUCAUGCGUAGUCCCUCGUUAAAUCUCCUAUGCCACUAUGAAGUACAUUCUAGUCACCGGCGGUGUGAUUUCCGGCAUUGGUAAAGGAAUCAUCGCCAGCAGUGUGGGCACCCUCCUGAAGUCGUGCGGCCUUCAUGUCACAGCCAUCAAAAUCGACCCGUACAUCAACAUCGAUGCUGGUACUUUUUCACCUUAUGAGCAUGGUGAGGUGUUUGUGCUGGACGAUGGCGGAGAGGUGGAUUUGGACUUGGGGAACUACGAGCGUUUCCUGGACAUCCGUCUGACGAGGGACAACAACUUGACCACAGGGAAGAUCUACCAGUCGGUUAUAAACAAGGAAAGGAAAGGAGACUACCUGGGCAAGACUGUGCAAGUUGUCCCUCACAUCACAGAUGCAAUCCAGGAAUGGGUGAUGAAUCAAGCCAAGGUCUCUGUAGACGGCGACGGUGUGGAGCCUCAAGUUUGUGUCAUAGAGCUGGGGGGCACAGUGGGAGACAUUGAGAGCAUGCCCUUCAUUGAAGCCUUCAGACAGUUUCAGUUCAAGGUGAAGAGAGAGAACUUCUGCAACAUCCACGUUAGCCUUGUGCCCCAGCCAAACACUACAGGGGAGCAGAAGACUAAGCCGACACAAAACAGCGUGCGAGAGCUCAGAGGUCUUGGUUUGUCUCCCGACUUGAUUAUGUGCCGUUGUACAACGCCUUUGGAAACAGCUGUCAAGGAGAAGAUAUCCAUGUUUUGUCACGUGGAGCCAACACAGGUGAUCUGUGUACAUGAUGUGUCUUCAGUCUACCGAGUACCUCUGUUGUUGGAGGAUCAGGGAGUUGUUAGCUACUUCUGCCAAAGGCUGAACCUGCCUGUUGAGAUGAGGCCCAGAAAGAUGCUCUCCAAGUGGAAGGAGAUGGCCGACAGGUCAGACCGUCUGCUAGAACACGUUUCCAUUGCCCUGGUGGGGAAGUACACCAAGCUGUCGGACUCCUACACAUCCGUCAUCAAGGCCCUGGAGCACUCGGCGCUUGCCAUCAGUCACAAGCUUGAGGUCAAGUACAUAGACUCAGCCGACCUGGAGCCAGCCACUUUGCAAGAUGAGCCAGUGAAAUAUCAUGAGGCCUGGCAAAAACUCUGCAGCUCUAAUGGGGUGUUGGUGCCUGGUGGCUUUGGUGUGAGAGGAACAGAAGGCAAGAUAUUGGCCAUAAACUGGGCAAGAAAACAGAAUAAACCCUUCCUAGGUGUGUGUUUGGGCAUGCAGCUGGCCGUGUGCGAGUUUGCCCGCAAUGUUCUCGGCUGGGAAGAUGCCAACUCCACGGAGUUUAACCCAGAGUCCAAGUACCCAGUGGUGAUUGACAUGCCAGAGCAUAACCCAGGCCAGAUGGGAGGCACAAUGAGGCUUGGCCAGAGGCGAACCAUUUUCAAAUCCCAAAACAGUGUGCUGAGAAAACUUUAUGGAGACGUGGACCACGUUGAUGAGCGGCACAGACACAGAUUUGAGGUGAACCCUGAGCUCAAGCACCACUUUGAAGAGAAAGGUCUUCAGUUUGUUGGCCAGGAUGUGGAGGGAGAACGGAUGGAGAUCAUUCAGUUAGAGGAGCACUGCUACUUUGUCGGAGUGCAAUAUCAUCCUGAGUUCACCUCCAGGCCUAUCAAACCUUCUCCGCCCUACUUUGGCCUCCUGCUGGCUUCUGCUGGCAAACUCCAGAGCUACUUGGCAAAGGGCUGCCGCCUGUCUCCACGGGACACGUACAGCGACCGUAGCGGAGGCAGCUCUCCCGACGUCGAUAUCGCCGAACUCAAAUUUCCGUCCUUGUCGUGAAGCUUGGACUGGUUCUGUUGCUAACUAUUAGACAAUGUGCCACUAAAAAUGAGUUUUCAGUCUCAUGGUUAAAAUGUUAUUUAUACUUUUUGGGUAAAUGUAAAGGUUUGAGAGAUAUGUAGGCAAACAUUAAAUAAAAAAAAAAUUGUGUAUGUCUGUAUGACAAGCAGCAUACUGUUUUAUCUCUGGGAUGGAAUAGCAAUGAGAAGUGUAGUUUAUUCUGCAUUUAUAUUUAAAAGUUAUUACAUUAAUGAAUUAUUUUACAGUGACAAAAAACGAGGUCAUAGUUAUCUAUUGCAAGCUACUCCUUUUUUUUUUUUUUUGUCAAGCAGUUUUAUGUACAUAAUGAUUUUUACAUUGACUGUAUAUACAGUACAACUGUUAUCCUCCUCAAUGAUCACUGAUGGGGUUUUUUUGCAAUCCUGUAUGAAAUUCCAGACAUGUAUAAACGCAAAAACAGUACUUAACAUUUAUUUUGUAACCGCUGCCUUGAUAAAAUAAACAGCCUCA